AUGAGUUCAACUGCAAUAACAAUAACCCAUGACCUUAAUUCAAUUUCAUACGCACAAGUUGCUAUCGCUGUCGCCGUCUUGUAUGAUCAUGCAUUAACAUUCGCUCGUGAAAUAGACUACAUAUGGCGGAGGUCGCCUUCAUUAGUGGCCGCCUUAUAUUUAUUGGACCGCUACGUGGGCGACUCCAUUGUGAUCAUCGGUGCAUAUUUAUGCCUCACUGAAGCUGCAUCGACACAAUAUUGGUUUCACGCAUUUUUCAGAUGCAAGCUUUCGGCUGUUCCAGGCAUCAUGCAACUCCGAAUAUAUGCGAUGUACCGGCGGGCUAGGUGGAUACUUGGGUUAUUGCUCUUCGCUUUUUUCAGCGAGGUCCUUGCCGUCGUUGUGAUCAUUUGGAAAACCGUUGGUCUAACAAACAAAUUGGUCGUCACCACCGAGCCUUUUCCUGGGAGGCACUCGUGCUCCUUCUCCGGGAUCAACACGGACUUCAUCUAUUUAUUCAUACCCGUCCUUUGCUUCGAGACUUUGCUCUUCUCCUUGGCCAUCAAAGUCUCUCUCAAUAAUAUGAGAGAGAGGAGGGCCAUCCCCGGUGCCUCCACCUUCCGCAUAAAUUCAUUCAUGAGUAUACUCGUGCGAGACAGCAUUUUGUAUUUUUUCAUGUUAGCAUCAUCUUUUUUCAAACCUGGCGAAGCCCUGAGUGCGAGUAUGUCUACCCCAUUCAUCAUGCUCCUGGAGACCAUGAUCGGCACCCGAGUGGUAAUCAACUUCAAGGAACACUGCUUUCGCCGGUUGAGCUCCGAACCGGUCAUGAUCACUGGGUCAAUACGCUUUGCAGGGGUCAGCGAAGAGACCGCACGUAUUGGUACGAUCCAUGACCGGUCAACCGAAGGUGACGAGAUGCAGCUGGUCAAGGGCGAAGAAGAGAUUACUGAGGUCAUCGUUUAUGAGGAGUUAUAA